AUGGCCUCCGAGAGCAUACAGCAGUCUGAAAAGCUGAAAUUGCCUCCGGUGCAAAGAACAGGCUCUGCUCAUACAUACUUUAAGGACUUGAAAGGAAAACUAACACUUUCUUUCUUUCAUCAGGCUGACUUUGAUGGUGCUGCAGAAGAUGUAAAAAAAUUAAAAACAAGACCAACUGAUGAAGAACUGAAGGAACUAUAUGGAUUCUACAAACAGGCUACUGUUGGAGAUAUUAAUAUUGAAUGUCCAGGAAUGCUAGAUUUGAAAGGCAAAGCCAAAUGGGAGGCAUGGAACCUGAAAAAAGGUUUAUCAAAGGAGGAUGCCAUGAAUGCCUAUAUCUCUAAAGCAAAAGCAAUGGUAGAAAAAUACGGGAUCUAGAAUACUCAAAACAAUUCCCACUAAUAACUAACUCUUCAGUAGCUAAUGAACUAACUCUGUUGAGAAAAAUGAAAUACUAGUCCUUAUUGUGUAGUCUGACAGUAGAAUCUUUUAAGCAUAAGCUGAUUUACUCUAAAGGGUAUUUACAUACAUAGUCUAUUUUUAGAUUGUAUCUUAUUCUAAAUAAAUUUGAACCUAAUAAAU